UGGAAGGAGCGCGGUGGCCCAAAAGCGGCCUUGGGACCCCGCGCGGCUGACGGCCGCCGCGGCGACUCGCAGCGGGUGCGGGUCUCGGAGUGCGGGCCGCAGCGCCGCCCCUCGGGCCGGCCCCCGCCCCUCCCUCGGCCCUCCUCCCUCCUCCUCCUCCUCCUUCUUCUCCCUCCUCCUCCACUCCUUCCUCCUCCACUCCCUCCUCCUCCUCCAGUCCCUCCUCCCUGGUCGCUCGCGGGCCGGGCCCGGCAUGGUGCGGGGUCGCCGCCGAUGGCGCUGAGGCGGAGCAUGGGGCGGUCGGGGCUCCCGCCGCUGCCGCCGCCGCCGCCGCCGUCGCCGUCGCCGCUGCUGCUGCUGCUGGCGGGUCUAACCGCUCUGCUGCUCCCCGAGCCCGCGGCCGCAGGCCUGAAGCUCAUGGGAGCCCCAGUGAAGCUGACAGUGUCUCAGGGGCAGCCGGUGAAGCUCAACUGCAGCGUGGAGGGGAUGGAGGAGCCUGAGAUACAGUGGGUGAAGGACGGGGCUGUGGUCCAGAGCGUGGAUCAGGUGUACAUCCCAGUCAGUGAGCAGCACUGGAUUGGCUUCCUCAGCCUGAAGUCAGUGGAGCGCUCUGAUGCGGGCCGGUACUGGUGCCAGGUGGAGGAUGGGGGCGAAACCGAGACCUCCCAGCCAGUGUGGCUCACGGUAGAAGGUGUGCCAUUUUUCACUGUGGAGCCAAAAGAUCUGGCAGUGCCACCCAAUGCCCCUUUCCAACUGUUUUGUGAGGCCGUGGGUCCCCCAGAACCUGUUACCAUUGUCUGGUGGAGAGGAGGCACGAAGGUUGGGGGACCUGCUCCCUCUCCUUCCGUUUUAAAUGUAACAGGGGUGACCCAGAGCACUGUGUUCUCCUGUGAAGCUCACAACGUAAAAGGCCUGGCCUCUUCUCGCCCAGCCACUGUUCGUCUUCAAGCACUGCCUGCAGCCCCCUUCAACAUCACAGUGACGAAGCUCUCCAGCAGCAAUGCUAGUGUGGCCUGGACGCCAGGUGCUGAUGGCCAAGCCCUGCUCCAAUCCUGUACGGUCCAGGUGACUCAGGCCCCAGGAGGCUGGGAGGUCCUGGCUGUUGUGGUCCCUGUGCCACCUUUUACCUGUCUGCUCCGGGACCUGGCACCUGCCACCAACUAUAGCCUCAGGGUUCGCUGUGCCAAUGCCUUGGGGCCUUCUCCAUAUGCUGACUGGGUGCCCUUUCGGACAAAGGGUCUAGCCCCAGCCACUGCUCCCCAGAACCUCCAUGCCAUCCACACAGACUCAGGCCUCAUCCUGGAGUGGGAAGAAGUGAUCCCUGAAGGUCCUUUAGAAGGCCCUCUGGGACCCUAUAAACUGUCCUGGGUUCAAGACAACGGAACCCAGGGUGAGCUGACAGUGGAGGGGACCAGGGCCAACCUGACGGGCUGGGAUCCCCAGAAGGACCUGAUUGUGCGUGUGUGUGUCUCCAGUGCAGUUGGCUGUGGGCCCUGGAGUCAGCCGCUGGUGGUCUCUUCUCAUGCCCAUGCAGGCCGGCGGGGUGCUCCCCACAGCCGCACAUCCUGGGUGCCUGUGGUCCUGGGUGUGCUGACAGCCCUGGUGACGGCUGCUGCCCUGGCCCUCAUCCUGCUUCGAAAGACACGGAAGGAGACACGGUUUGGGCAAGCCUUUGACAGUGUCAUGGCCCGGGGGGAGCCGGCAGUUCAUUUCCGGGCAGCACGAUCCUUCAAUCGGGAAAGGCCCGAGCGCAUCGAGGCCACACUGGACAGCUUGGGCAUCAGUGAUGAGCUGAAGGACAAACUGGAGGAUGUACUCAUCCCAGAGCAGCAGUUCACCCUGGGCCGGAUGUUGGGCAAAGGAGAGUUUGGUUCAGUGAGGGAGGCCCAGUUGAAGCAGGAGGAUGGCUCCUUUGUGAAAGUGGCUGUAAAGAUGCUGAAAGCUGACAUAAUUGCCUCAAGCGACAUUGAAGAGUUCCUCAGGGAAGCGGCUUGCAUGAAGGAGUUUGACCACCCACACGUGGCCAAGCUUGUUGGGGUGAGCCUCCGGAGCAGGGCCAAAGGCCGUCUCCCCACCCCCAUGGUCAUCCUGCCUUUCAUGAAGCACGGGGACCUGCACGCCUUCCUGCUCGCCUCCCGGAUUGGGGAGAACCCCUUUAACCUGCCCCUGCAGACCCUGGUUCGGUUCAUGGUGGACAUUGCCUGUGGCAUGGAGUACCUGAGCUCCCGGAACUUUAUCCACCGAGACCUGGCUGCUCGGAACUGCAUGCUGGCGGAAGACAUGACGGUGUGCGUGGCCGACUUUGGACUCUCCCGGAAGAUCUAUAGUGGGGACUACUAUCGUCAGGGCUGUGCCUCCAAACUGCCCGUCAAGUGGCUGGCCCUGGAGAGCCUGGCUGACAACUUGUAUACUGUGCACAGUGACGUGUGGGCCUUCGGGGUGACCAUGUGGGAGAUCAUGACUCGUGGGCAGACGCCGUAUGCUGGCAUUGAGAACGCUGAGAUUUACAACUACCUCAUCGGCGGGAACCGCCUGAAACAGCCUCCGGAGUGUAUGGAGGACGUGUAUGAGCUCAUGUACCAGUGCUGGAGCGCCGACCCCAAGCAGCGCCCGAGCUUCACAUGUCUGCGAAUGGAGCUGGAGAAUGUCCUGGGCCGCCUGUCUGUGCUAUCCGCCAGCCAGGACCCCUUGUAUAUCAACCUUGAGGGAGCCCAGGAGUCUGCCGAGGGAGGCAACCUGGAGCUGCCUGGCGGAGACCCGGCCAGCAGCGGGACUGGGGAUGGCAGUGGCCUGGGGGCCGUGGGGGGCACCCCCAGUGACUGUCGGUACAUCCUCAGCCCCGGGGGGCUGGCUGAGCGGCCUGGGCAGGAGGAGCAGCAGCCAGACAGCCCCGUCAAUGAGUCCCAGAGGCUGCUGCUGCUGCAGCAAGGGCUACUACCCCACAGUAGCUGUUAGCCCACAGGCAGAGGGCAUCUGGGGCCAUGCGGCUGGCUCUGCUGGCCACUGUGCUGGCUGACUAAGCCCUGCCUGACCCCAGCCCAGGCAGCAAGGUGUGGAGGCUCCUGUGGUAGUCCUCCCAAGCUGUGCUGGAAGGCUGGACUGACCAAAUCACCCAAUCCCAGUGCUUCCUGCAACCACUCUGUGGCUGGCCUGGCAUCAGUUCAGGCCUUGGCUGGGUGGAGGUGGGCCAGGCCUGGUUGUCUAAACCCAGGCAGCUGGCAGAGGGGGUGGUUAUGUUUCCAUGGUUACCAUGGGUGCGGAGAGGAGUUGGGCGAGGGUAGAUCCAACCUUGUGGGCCCCUAGCCUCCUAGCUGAGCUGCCCCUGCUGCUUUAGUGCAUGCAUUGAGGCGUCUCUGGCCUGGGGGCCCAUCUGUGCCUGUGCUUGGGGUUUAAAUGCCCAGGUUUGCCCCUCCUCCCAAAGAGAUACCCUUGUAUUAUUCCCCUCUAGGUGAGAAUUGGUAAGGGAUUGGUACAGUCAGGUCCCAAACCCUGUAGCGGGAGGCAGUGGGACCCUCAGGGCUGAAUCUUCGUCACCUUCCUGGUUACCCACCCUGUCUAGGCCAGGAGUAAAGUGCAGCUGACCAGGUCACAGCAAGGCAUGCUGAAUUACACAGGCUACCAUUUGCCCAGCUUCUAAAGGCAAUGCACUGAGCCCGGCAAGAGCAAGGGCUGCUGUACGGCUUGCCCAGGAAUGAGUGAGGCCAGAGAGGAGCCCAGGAGCCCCUCUUUGAGCCCUCCCGCAGCCUGUCUGAGCAUGCUACCAAAUCCCCAAAUAUCCUAAGACUAACCAAGGCAGCUGUGUCUGAGCCCAAUCCUUCCACGCAGUGUCCUUUAGUGCCAUCUUUCCCUCUAACUGGAGACCCUCUUCUGUCCCAAGUCUCCAGAGAUGGAGAGAAAGUAGGCUUGAUGGCUGGUGUGGCUGAGGGGGAGUUACUGGAGCCUGGACCCCAGCCCUGGUUGGGGGAGCCUCUGGGAGUGCAUGGGGCAGGCCCUUGCUGUUAGGGACUUUUCCAAGCCAUUAGAUGCUGUUUAAAAACAGAAAUAAAUUGAAGACUAAAGACCCAAGACUUGUCUCUUAAAUGUUUACUUUUUUCCCAGAUCACAAAAAUGAAGCAUCUCUGCAUAGAGAAAAGUUUGGAAAGACAUAUGCCAGAAUGUUCACAGCUGUUUUUUGUUUGUUUGUUUGUUUUUGUUUUUUUUGCCUUACGCGGGCCUCUCACUGCUGUGGCCUCUCCCGUCGUGGAACACAGGCUCCAGACGCGCAGGCUCAGUGGCCAUGGCCCACGGGCCCAGCCGCUCUGUGGCAUGCGGGAUCCUCCCGGACCGGGGCACGAACCUUCGUCCCCUGCAUCGGCAGGCCGACUCUCAACCACUGCGCCACCAGGGAAGCCCCACAGCUGUUAUCUUUACCUGAUGUGAUUAAGGGAACUUUUUUUCCUUUGUGUUUUCUAAGUUUUCUUCAUUGAGCACAAAGUGCUCUUGUAAUUACACAAGGUCCCAAAGAAUCUUAUAGUAAAAAUAAUACAUAGUCAUAGAUGAUUAGGAAAAUGCAGAAAGUCAUUUUAAAAAUGCCAAAUACCUGUAAUCCUACCACCACUGACCUUUUGAAAAUGCACGUGUUUUGAAAAAGUUCUUUAUCUUGGAACAAAGACAAAGAGACUACUUUGGCUGCCUCCUAACCCUCUAUCAGACUGUCUGUUGGGUGUGGAGACAGCUCUCACCUUCACAAUGUUACCUGGAGCCAGGAAACUGGGAAUAAGUGGGCAAGGAGAAUGUUGAGCCUCUUGAGGAUUUGAAAUAAGAUCAUGAAGUUUGCUUUCAAGUAUUUCCAUUUGAAAACUUUAGAAGCUUUUAGAGCAAGCUUAUGGGAACAAGACGCAGGAGGCAUGAGAAACAGCCACUCUCUGUGUCGAGGAGUAUGGGAAGACUGUGAGGGACACAGGUAUUGCCCUGCUGGCUGAGGGCAGUGGAAUGGGGCGGGUUCUUCUGAAAGCAAAUAUCCUGAGAAACCUGUUGCUGGCAUUCCAGAUUCUUGUUCCCAUGUGGAUCAUGAGACCUGAAGUAACUUCCAGGGAAGUGGCUUUCAGAAUCUUUCCUUCCUGUGAUUAGCUUUAACUGCAGGUAAUCAUUAUCUGUGAGGUAAUGUUUGGGAAUUAUUGACUUGGAAGUCCUGUACUCUUAAAUAAUUGUCUGCUAUUUUUUUCUUUUUUAAAAUAUUUAUUUAUUUAUUUGGCUGCACCGGGUCUUGGUUGUGGCAUGCGGGAUCUUCGUUGCCACUUGCGGGAUCUGCAGGAUCUUCAGGAUCUUUGUUGAGGCAUGUGGGAUCUUUUAGUCGCAGCAUGUGGGAUCUAGUCCCCUGACCAGGGAUUGAACCCAUGCCCCCUGCUUUGGGAACGCAGAGUCUUAACCAGUGGACCACCAGGGAAGUCCCUAAUUGUCUGCUCUUAAUGGGCUCCUGCUAUUAUGUGCCAGGCACAGUGCCUAGUGCUUCAAGUAUGUUAUCUCAUUUAAUACAGGGAAUAUUCCUAUAAAGUGGGAAUAUAAUUAUCCUCCAAAAGGACAGAAAUGCAGAGUAAGUAACUUGUCUAAGGUUAUGUAACUAAUGAUUUGUUGAUCCAGGCUUGAAACCCACUAAGUAAGAGAGCAGAGCCUGUGCAACUCUCCUACCACUCCAGAGAGCACCCUGAAGUUUCAUUGCGAACAUGUCAUCUUUUGGGUGAAUGCUUGUUGAUAGUAGGCACCUUUAAAAAUGCACAGGAGUUCCAAUAAGUGUGUGUGUGUGUGUGUGACAAAGUAAUCUAUUUAAAUCGGAGAUACCUAUCAGUAAUUAAAUCGGUUUAAGUAAUUUUGCAGCUCAGUCUCUUUUCCCCAAGCACAUUGGACUUUGGCACCUCCAACAGUCAAGGGGCUUGAGGUAGGUGAUAAUAGUGGAAUUUUUAAAAACUUUCUUAUGGAAGUAUAAAACACAUACAAAAAAGUAUACCCAUCAGAAGUGUACAGUUCUUAAGAAUUUUCACAAACAGAUCCAAAUAACCAGUAACCAGGUCAAGAAACAGAAUAUUACCAGCACUCCAGAAGCAAGUCUUGGGCCCUGCCCCAUGUCUGCCCCCUCUCUCCUCUCCAGAGGUAACCUCUAUCCUGACUUCAAACACCAUGGAUUGGUGUAGUUUGUUUUGAAGUUCAUAUAAAUGGAAUCAUGUAGGUUGGAUUAUUUUGUGUUUGCCUUCUUUCACUCAGCAGUGUUUUCCAGAAUCAUCAAGCUGUUGUCGGACCCAAGUUCAUGUGCCUGAUGCACAGUGAGGCCAAGCAAACCAAAAUGGUGAAGUUCGGAGCAGAGAAAGGUUUACUGCAAGGACCCACCAAGGAGAACAGGCAGCUCUUGCCCAAAAAGGCCGAACUCCCCAAUAGUUUUGGGGGAAGAAUUUUGUUUGUUUGUUUCUGUUUGUUUGGCUGUGCCCGCAAGGCUUGUGGGAUCUUAGUUCCCCAACCAGGGAUCAAACCCGUGCCCCCUGCAGUGGAAGCAUGGAGUCCUAACCACUGGAUUGCCAGGGAAUUCCCAAGGGAAGAGUUUUUAUAGACAGAAUUUGUGGGGGAGGGCUGCAGGGUGUGUGACCUUCCUUUGGUUGGUGGUGAGGUAACAGGGUGGUGUUCUGAUUCUAACCAGUCUGGGUCCACGUGCUCUGCCUGAAGUUACCGUCCUCCACAUGGGUGGAGGCCUUAGUUCCUGUAGAAGGGCUUGGAGAUUUUUAUCAGUUAUGUAUAUCCCUUGAGAAGGAACCAGGUACCUGCCCCAUUGUUUCUUGACUGCCUUUCUUUGUUUCUGCAUUCCCUCAUUUCCCUAAUUAGUAACUGCUUGAAUCUGCCCUUUGGAGUUCAGGGAAGGCCUAGGAAGCUGAAGCCUUUUUCCUGCAAACCAGAAAUGGGGGGACACAAAAAGGCUUUUGUACACAGGAGUGCCCCCACAGGGUCCUGCUCGGUUUCAGAGCCACAACAAUUUGGAGAGGUGGGGGUCAAAGAGAAGAGAUGAGUAGAACAGUGUUUUUGUUUUGUUUUGUAUAUCUUUGUUUUUUAUUAUGUCCUCUGGCUCAGUGCUCCUCGUUCCUCAAACAAGAUGCCACAGUCAAAUUACCUGAGAAUCUUGUUGAAAAUAAAGAUUCUGAUUCGGUAGGUGUGGGGUGGGACCUGAGAUUCUGCAUUUCUAACAAAUUCCAAGGUGAUGCUGAUGCUGCUGGCCUGAGGACCACACUUUGAGGUGCAAGCACUACACUGCAUCAAUAAUUUGAAAGCGUGCAGCAGUGCUUGAAAAAUCAUUCAAUGACUGCAAUAUAUAAUUUCAGCAUAAUAACAUUAAUGGAAAAGAUUGGAACAUAAUUUGUCUUAUAAAAUUUGAUUUCUUUUUCUUUA